UCAACGUGAAUCUUUAGUGAACCAGUUAUGUGACCUCGUAAACCUCUAGAUUCGCAUCUGUGCUGCUCCGUGUCGUCGGCACGUUUGUGUCAGUGCGUGUGUUCUUUGGGGAUGUGCGUGAUGCAACAGUCGACGUGGGCCAUGGCUUUCUCGACGCCGGCAACGACUACAAGCGCUUGGCUUAGGCUUAAUCUGUCUACGACGCUUCUUCGGAUCAAACCAGCUCAUCCGAAGCACCGCGAUGUGCGACGCCACGGACGUUAGACGGCGCAAACUCGCCAAAACGUUGAGCCGUUCGAAGCCUCGAUGGUGUAGAAACCCGAGGCAUGGCUGAACUUCAGGUCAGUCUGGAGUUCUAUGUCGAGCUCUUCAAGUUCAGCAAUGUCGACCUUUUCCAGCGAGGGCACUAUCAAAUCCGGACGGCUCUCAAGGUGCCCCAGAGGCUUCCCGCUAGAGUUGAAGUCCAACUGCCAAAAAGCACAGUGAUUCAAAGUUAUGCUCUCCCCAUAGUUUUUCCUCCCUGCGUUGUCAAUGGCACGGCCGUAAGCAAGACCUUUCAGAUCCUCUACAAAAAUGAAGAAGUGUUUCUGCACGACACCGUUUUAUUCAAGGUCCACGCACUUGUUGACGCACACAAGGUCCGAGAUAUGCUGUCAAAGGCUGACUUUCAGCUUUCUGUCGAGCUUUGGUUCACGGACCAGAACUUUGGCCCUGACCAUCACAAGACCAUACAGUGCGUGAGCUCGCGACUGCUGACUUUGCAUAUGGAUCCCAGCCGCGGUCUUCAUCAUCAUAUUCCAGUUUUGUUUGACUAUUUCCACCUGUCGGCUGUUUCCGUCACUAUCCACGCUUCGUUGCUGGCUGUGUACCAACCUUACAUCAGGAGGAGUGCUGUCUUGACACCGUCUCAUCCAGGCGUUACCAGGACAGGCAGAGCGCAAUGGUUUACGGGCAGCCCGAGGCUCGCCUCUCGAAAGUCGAUGUCGUCCAGUCUGGAAAGUGUCUUCUUUGGGCCUCAGACGAGCGGGGGCAGUGGACGGCUUCUGGCGCGUCUACAGCGAGCCUGCAUGGUGCACUGGGAGCUGUGCUCUCUCCUGCUCACGGCCUACGGAAGCCUGCAGCGUCGAAUGGUCGAGUUCAUGCGCCUCCUGCCACCGUGGCAGCACCUGCGACGAGUUGUGGAAGACUCUUUACACCUUUCCUCUUGUCUGGAAGGUCUCAGCAACGUGGCAAAGGACUGUUUUCACCACCUUAAGGCCCGGAAUGUCUCCCCUCCGGAGUGGGACAAAGUCUUUGCUCACAUCACGCAAGCGGAGAACGAAGAGGAUUUUGUGGCAGUGGCACACAGCGACGUGGCGCAGCUCUGUGGUGCCCUAAUUGUGCUCUGGAAGCAGUUCCUCGAAGUGGUUGCUGACCAAGACAGAGUACGCCAACAGCUAGCCCGCCAGCGCCACCUUCAGCGCGUCAAGCGUUUCGCUGAGGCCUACUUCGUCAUCGAGCGGCCGCGCAUCGCCGUCCUGUCCGCCAAUGAUGCCAGCACGCAGCUCUUCUUUGAGGUGACGGAAGCGCUUCGGCGAUCCGAAUACCUUGCCCUGCUUCCUCCGUUGGAAGUUGAGUGUGCCGAGUUGGAUGGCGACAGCAACAACCUGCCCAUCAUAUACGAGGAACACUACCAGGAUUUCAAGACAACACCUCAAGGCUGUGCAUCUCAGUCCUGUCUGAAUCUCAGUGACAUUUCGCUCCAGUUCGAUGACAAGCGUCCCUCGGCAUCCGCCGUCAGCAGUAUGAAGCUGUCAGAGAGGGCCGCAGUGGCUUCCAAGUUGCUGGGCGAGAAACUAGCGCCGCUACGACAUGGCUCGCCGACGCUCUCCGCUGAUGCUGACCUGGGUUCUCCCACCUCUACAUCAUCAACAUCGUCCGCAGAUACCCAAGACCGCGAUGGUGCCACCCGUUCUGGGAAAGGAAGCGCUUCAUCGUCGCGAGGCAAAGUCAAGUUAAAAGCACGCACUGCCAGCCUGCUCCGCCAGCUGAAACGACCGCACCUCAACAAUUCGUCCGUAACGCUGCUUGCGUUCAAGAAACUUGAUGCGUUUCGGAACCGGGCUGUGGAAGCCGGUGGGACCGCUUCCGGCUCGCAGAUGAAGCACUCGCAGAGCUCAGUUGCAGUCACGUCGGCGAAUUUGUCACUUCCACGAACCGCCGCAACGCCUUCACAGUCUCACCUUCUCAACAGUGAGUCGAUGCCCGACCUGACAACCCAGUUGGUAGCGGUGCCGGCACGGACGGCACUACAAGCUGUACCUCCAGCUCCGCCACCACCAAGGUCCCGAGUAGCAAGUGACAGUCUCAACGCCAACUUUGAUGCGCUGUUUGUCAGUGAUCCGCUCGUUGCCAGAAAGGCGGUGUCGGAGUCGUGCUCAUGCGUGAGACCACACCUUCGAACUGCCCUGGCUCAUAGCCUGACGGCCGCGAAAUAUAGACGGUCCACAUCGUCGUGCCAUGUGGGUUUCGACGCCCGUCGCACUUCAGUGCCGCUCUCAAAUGCACACGACCCGAGGAGAGGGUCUCUUGGGAUUCCCGACUUUCGGCGGGAAUCGCUUGGAGUUUCCGAUUCGAGACGGGAAUCCCUCUGCAUUCCGGACUCGAGGAGGGAGUCUCUUGGAAUUCCCGACUCGAGGAGAGAUUCGUUAGACGAGGUCUUUCUCUGUCCCGGAACCGGAGGCUCCAGUAAGUCCACAUCGGGUUACGAGAGCGCAGACACGUCCUCUGACGUUGUGACGAUUGCUCCGAUGCCAGAGAAAAAUGCUACAUCACCCCUCGAUGGCGGUACGUCGUUGCCUCCUCUACCACCUCCGCAGUUUCGAGACAACCCCAAGGACGCUGCCAUUGGAAAUGUUGUUGCCCGUACUUCUUCAACGUCAUCUUGUAAAGAAAAACAGUGUAGCAACUCUUCCUGCUCUCGGGAAAAAAGUGCUAAUGGUUCUACGCCUUCUGUGGGAAAACCGGUCGAACCCGUGAAUCCUCCCAUGAUGGCAUGCGAAGGUACGGCAUUCUUCCCAAAGCCACCGGCUGAGUUUGCAAGCGAUCAGGCUCCAUGCUCGGCUGCUGUGCCUGCUGAAAACGGUGACGAUGAAGAACAGCCCGCAGAGGAUCCCAGUAUGAUUCAGAACGGCGUCGAGAAAGAAGUGUGCCCUUCAGACGAGGAGGCAAGGCGGCGGUACGAAGAGUGUAGGUCGUACCUCGAAACGAAGUGCACUCUGAUAGAAAUGCUGACCGACCCGAAAGACGAGUACCAUGCGGCCCUGGACAGUGUUGUGGAGGCGUCGCAGGAAUUCUGGCAGCAGAUAGAGGCCGAGAAAGACGAAAAUGCGAACGACGAAGCUGAGGACGUCGUUUCCGUGCGGAGGGCUUCUGCAGUCAAUGCUGACAUUGUCAGCUUUGUGAAGGCGAAAGAAGAAUUCCGUGCCCACCUAAACAUGCCUUGGCUCUGGUACAGUGAUUUCCCGGUUCUGGCAUCGUCAGUGCCCUACUUCCAGUGUGAUACCGACCUGCGGGCAUUCAGCCCUGAAGGACUUCAUCUUGUGAUAUGUGUGCAUGGCCUGGAUGGAAACAGUGCCGAUUUGAGGCUAGUCCGCACGUACCUUGAGUUGGGUCUACCCAUGGUCAACUUUGAGUUCCUCAUGUCCGAAAGGAAUCAGGGUGAAACUUUUGAGGACUUUGAAACCAUGACAGACCGUCUCGUUUCUGAGAUUAGCUACCACAUUGAAGUGUUCGCUCUGAAGCCAGCCAAAAUCAGUUUCAUCGGCCAUUCGUUAGGAAACAUCAUCAUCCGCAGUGCGCUUACCCGACCCGAAAUGAAGCCUUACCUGAGCCAGCUGUGUACAUUUCUCUCGCUAUCAGGCCCUCACCUUGGCACACUGUUCAACAACAGCGGCCUCGUCAACAUGGGGAUGUGGUUUAUGCAGAAGUGGAAGAAGUCUGGUUCCCUGCUCCAGCUGGCCAUGAAGGACACGGCUGACAUUCGGCAGUCCUUUCUCUACAAACUCAGCCAGAAGCCGGGAUUGGAAUUUUUCAAGCAUGUUUUGCUCUUCGGGUCCAUGCAAGACCGAUACGUGCCCAUCCACUCGGCAAGGAUUGAGCUCUGCAAGGCGGCAGUCAAGGACACGACGCCAAUAGGGGCGGCGUACCGGGAGAUGGUGAGCCACCUCCUUCGGCCACUGGCCAGCAAGCCGGACAUCAGCCUGGUGCGCUAUGACGUGCACCACGCGCUGCCCAGCUCGGCCAACUCGCUCAUCGGCCGCGCCGCCCACAUCGCCGUGCUCGACUCGGAACUCUUCAUCGAGAAGUUUAUGGUGGUUACGGGUCUGAAGUACUUUGCAUGAGACAUGCCCUUCAACUCCCUCCUCUUUCACUUUUUGUCUGUUCGAGGCCGGCGUGUGUCAGCCACCGAGGUUAUUUUACCAAACUGUGCUUUUACUCCAUUUCAUGCAUCAGAUCAACAUUGUGGAAGUUAUGAAGAGAGUUUGAGCAUGUGCCUCGCCCUUGGAUUUCAACGUCAAAAACAUGGCCUCUGCGAUUGGCUCUGACUGUGCAUCAUCGGAACUAAUCACAGAGGCUACGAUGGAAAAACAGAGACCUUUAGUGAUCCAAAACAACCUGUUGGCAUCCGUCUAAGUAAUGGGGUUGGUUUGUUAUUUAAAGCAAAAAGCAUCAUAAUUUCUUACUCUGCCCCACCACGGUGGUCUAGUGGCUGAAGUACUCGACUGCUGACCCGCAGGUCGUGGGAUCGCAUCCCAACUGUAGCGGCUGCAUUUUCGAUGGAGGAGGAAACGCUGUAGGCCUGUGUGCUCAAGUUUGUGUGCACGUUAAAGAACCCCAGGUGGUCGAAAUAUCUGGAGCUCUUCAAUACGGCGUAUUUCGUAAUCCUAUGGUGGUUUUGGGACGUUAAACCCCACAUAUCAAUAAAUCAGUCAAUUGCUUACUGUUUAUAAGGUUAAAAGAGAUAACAUUACGGAUGUCAAAAUCUUCUAGCAAUUUCUUUAUGUGAAUGCAUGUACCGUAAGAAUUCUUGCUAGCUUUCAUUGCGUUGCAUCUGGUGUGUGGAAUGAAGCAUAGCAGUUCUGGCCAUGAUGCGUGCCUGCGGCCCUUAGCCAUGCUAGGAUUCUUUGUCUUGUGUUGCUCAGAAAAGAAACUUGAUUUGUGGGCCAGCCUAAUCUGCUAUCUCAAAAGUUAUUUCCUAUAAAAAGUUGUUGAAAUUAAGCUCAUUUUUGGAAAUUGAUGGAUUUGUUUAAAAUUUUCAUGAGACUUGAGCAGAUACUUCGCAGAACAGGCAGAACUGAACUUUUUUAUUUAUUUUGUUUGUCUCGCACUGCUGUUCUCAACUUUUGAAUAAGAAGAUAGCACUCUUUAAAGAUUAAUGAUGUAUUUUAAUUUUUUUAUGCUAUACCUAAUGGAAACAUAGAGUAAGACACCAGUGGAAAGCUUUUGUAGAAUUACAUCUGGUGCUGCAAUAAUGCUCUUCGAUUCACUGAUUACAAUAAAAGAAACGUGAACUUCGGAAUGAUAAGAAAACCAUAGCCUAAGGUUAGUGCUUGAACUGCUGCAUAGCGCUAUUUUGUUACUGUUUCUGUUGUUUCCAUGAGGUUGUUGGUCAGAAUAAUUGGGUCAGUCUAUUUAUAUGUGCAUUGAAAGCAUUCUUGGAUCAUACUAGUUAAAUUUCUUGAAUCAAUGGUAUGUGCCAUGUAAAAAAACUCUUUGUCACAUUGACGUAUUGACGUUUAAAUCCCUGUGGCACCUUUUCUGUCUUAACAAUCAUGUUAUGCACAGUUUUGCAAAUGCUAGUUCGAAUUGUGUGAAGAAGCUCUCAGAGUUGCGGAUUUGUGUGCAGUGCUCGUGGAAUGAAAUGAGUCAACUUGUGGCCAAGCAAUGCGCACGCCGUUUAAUUCAUUGUCUUCAGUUUGCGUCUCAUCGGCAUAUUAUUGGCUCUCACACUUACGUUAGAGCCAGCACCAUCAUUGGAGGCCUGAUUAGUUGCAACCAACGUUUUUAGAUACUGACAGUUGGAAAAGCCCGCCCCGGAGGCAUCACCAUCUCUUAUCCGCUCUGAGGGGUGGCUCUGGCUUAUGCGUUGCGAUUGAGCCACCGCCACCGGC